AUGUUUUUCUCAGUCUGGAACGGACUUUUUGCCAUCAUUUCUGGAAUCUAUGCUUUUACCUUUCUCCAUGAUCGUAGAAGACAGCGCCCUCCUCUUCCUCCUGGGCCUCGAAGAAUACCAAUCAUAGGCAACCUGCUAGAUUUGCCAGGUCCGGAUCAGCAGGACUGGAUAUACUGGUUGAAGUAUAAAGAUCGAUAUGGUGAAGCUCGAACGGUACUACGCCUGAACUAUGAAAGAAUGCUAAUCCUGUUUGAGACAGGCCCUAUCAGCUCGCUCAAUGUUCUGGGAGCGGAAAUUAUUAUUGUAAAUGAUGCGCGAGUGGCCGUAGAGCUGCUGGAAAAGAGAUCCAGAAUUUACUCUUCGCGACCACGACAAAAGUUUCUUGACAUGUCGGGAUGGUCCAAAGUUUUGGGAGCCAUGAAUGACCCAGAUCGUUUCCGGAAGACCCGAAAGCACUUUCAUCAAGAGAUAGGAUCGAAUAUUUCUGUCGCUUCCUUUGAUCAUGUACAGUUAACUGAGACGAGCCAUUUUCUGCUGAGAAUCAUGAACGAGCCAGAGAAACUCCAGGAGCACAUAAGAAAAGAGGCUGGCGGUAUCAUUCUCAAAAUUGCCUAUGGCUAUAUCAUCGAAGCUCACGAUCGAGAUCCCCUCAUAGACCUGAUCAAUACAGCAAUGGCCGAUUUUGGCCAGGCGAUGCUAGCAAUGACAUGGAUGGUGGAUUUUAUCCCUAUACCGUGGCUCCCUGGAGCUGGGUUCAUCAGCACUGCGAAGGAAUUCGAAACCAGAUCAAAAGCAGUUAGUGAUGUGCCAUACAAUUUUGUCAAACGACAGAUGAAAAGUGGCCACCUCAUACCGUCUUUCCUUUCAAACGCCUUGAAAGAGAGCUCAGUCGAACCUGGAUCAGAGGAAGAGGAUAUUAUCAAGUGGUCGGCGGCCUCAUUAUAUGGAGGAGGAGCUGACACGACGGUCUCUUCAAUUGCAAAUUUCUUCCUUGCUAUGGCGCUGUUCCCUGAGGUACAGCACAAGGCCCAGCAGGAAAUUGACAAAGUGGUCGAGAGUGGUCAAAUGCCGCAGUUCCGCGAUCGUGAGAACCUCCCAUACGUCAAUGCCGUGGUCAAAGAAGUCCUCCGUUGGCACCCAGUAGUUCCCAUAAACGUGGUACACACAUCAACACAAGAUGAUACCUUCGAGGGAUAUUUCAUCCCAAAAGGAUCCUCCGUGAUCACCAAUUUAUGGGCAUUUACCCACGAUGAAAACGUAUACCAUGAUCCGAUGGCGUUCAAACCCGAACGCUUUUUGGCUACCGAUGGCCAUGUCCCGGAAAGAGACCCUCAUAUGCUCGUGUUUGGGUUUGGCAGACGCAUCUGUCCUGGAAGGAAUCUCGCUGACUCGAAUGUCUUCCUCUCGAUCGCACAAUCUCUAACUGUGUUUGAGAUUUCGAAGCCAAUCCGGGAUGGCAAGCUCCAGGAUAUCCCGAUCAAGUUUUUACCUGGUGUUAUCAGUCAUCCCGCGCCAUUUGAGCUCAGUAUCAAGCCACGGAGUGAGAAACAUCGGGAACUCGUUCAAUCCCUAGAGCAACUUUAUCCGUGGGAGAAAAGCCACGGAGAUCUUUUAUCCGGUGUACCCGCAGGUACCAACCGGAUGGAGAUGGGACAACAAUAA